AUGUGGGGGGCCCCUAAAGGCAGAAGCAGCAGCAGCAGCAACAGCAACGCUCCAGCACCCGCGCAGGAGAAACGGGAGGGGCUUUCGAACAGCGGCAGCAGCAGCAGCAGCAGCAGCUCCAGCAGCAGCAGCAGCAGCAGCUCCAGCAGCAGCUGCAGCAGCAUCUGGAGCAGAAGCUGCAGCAGCAGAAUAUUUCGAAUUUGGGCAGGCAGCAAAAACCACUGGCUGCUGUAUUUAAUCCGUACUCAGCUGCUAGUGACUGUGCUUCUAGCAGCAGCAGCAGCAGCAGCAGCAGCAGCAGCAGCAGCAGCAGCAGCAGCGAGGAAGGCAAAAUGGUCUCCUGCUGCUGCCCCUGCUGCUGUUAAUGCAGCGAAUAGGCGGCAGGCGACGCGGGUUAUCGUAUGUCCUCGGCAGCAGCAGCAGCAGCAGCAGCAGCGGCAGCUGCAACGCCAGCUGCAGCGGCAGCAGCUGCAGCAGCAGCGACAACAGCAGCAGGAACAGCAGCAGCAACGGCAACAGCAGCAGGAACAGCAGCAGCAGCAGCAGCAGCAGCAUAAUGGGAAAGAACUCCAGCAGCUCGCCUUUGCUGCUGCUGACUUCGUGGCUCCCUUGCCGCUCGAGGUUGCUGUGUCUCCUGCAGCACAGGAGCAGCUCGCUGCUGCUGCAGUAGCUGCGUUGAGGGAGCAGCAAAAGACAACUGAGGCAGCAGCAAAACCAGAAGCAGAAGCAGCAACAGCAGCUGCAACAAAAACAGACCGACUCGGGGGGAUCCUCUACGGCAGAAGAGUGCAGCAGCAGCAGCAGCAACAGAAGCAGCAGCAGGAUAGCUGCAGCAAUGCCAAGGGGCUGCGAGGUGCCUCUAGAGGCAGCAACAGCAGCAGCAGCAGCAGCAAGACGGUGGUGAUUGUCGAUGCUGUGCUGCAGCUACCGCCGGAAGAAAAUGCACGAGCCAGCAUCUCAGCAGCAGCAGACCAUGUGGCCCGUCUUCUGGGGCUGGAGCGCGUUGGGUGUGUGAGCUUUUCGCUGCUGCAGCAGCAGCAGCAACAGCAGCAGCAGCAGCUGCUGCUGCAGCGCAGCAGCAUGUUCAGGACUUCGCGGGCGUUUGCUGCCGACUGUCUCUUUAAGGGGGAGCAGCAGCAGGGCAGCAAACUUCCGCCUGAAGCAUCUGAGGCAUUAAAGCUUAUCAUGCAGCAGCAGCAGCAACAGCAACAGCAGCAGCAGCAACAGCAGCAGCAGCAGCAACAAUUGCCGCAGCAGCAGCAGCAGCAGCAGCAGCAGCAACAGGAGCCGCAGCAGCAGCAACAGGAGCAGCAGCAGCAGCAGGUUUGUUUAUUUGUGAAUGCAACAAAGGAGAGGAGACUGGAGGUGGCAGCAUGGGCAGCUUCGGCCCCUGGCCAUUUGCUGCUGCAGCGGGGGCUGCUGCUGCAGCAAGCACCGCAGCAGCAGCAGCAACAGGAGGAGCAGCAGCAACAGCAACAGCAGCAGUACCAACAGUGGGAGAUGCCGCCGGAGAGUGGGGGUGAGACCCUACCUAAGUCGGAGUGUAGCAGCAGCAGCAGCAGCAGCAGCAGCAGCAGCAAACAUAGGAAUACGGCAGCGAAGGUCAGGAUGCACAUAGCUAAGAGGCAGCAGAUGCAGGGCGAAAGGCAGCAGCAGCAGCAGCAGCAGCAGCAGCGGCGAGCAGCAACAGAAGACAGCUCAGAAUCAGCAGCAGCAGCAGCGGAUGAGGUGUACGUGAAGCAAGAAAUAUUAGUAGGGGGGCAGCGCAUGCAUUCGUUGCCGCUAGAAGCUGUCGUUUCUCUUAUUCCUAUUCGACAAACGCAGCAGCAGCUGCAGCAAGAGAAGCCCGUCUUUGCAGUUAUAAAGGAGCAGCAGCUGCCAGCAGCAGCAGCAGCAAGUGCAGCAGCAGCAGCAAUGCUGCCGUCGUCGCACCGUCUCCAUCUGCUGCGGAGAGCAGCAAACGAUGAAGCUGCGCUGCUGCUGCUGCUGGACUUCCCGUUGCUGCUGCACCUGCGGAGACACCUGGCGCGGCCUCAAGACUUCCAGGCCCUCUGCAUCGCUGUUAAAGAAGCUGCAGCAGCAGCACCUGCUGCUCCUGCGGCAGACCCCUUGGCUGCUACGCCUAACAGCAGCAGCAGCAGCAGCAGCAGCAGCAGGCGGCUGCCAGGGCCCCUGUUUCGUCUGCUGCAGCAAAUCGCCAUCGCUUCAACGCCGUAG